AUGGUGGAAGAAUGGGUCAAGAACAAGAAUCCAAUAGCAAUAAACCAGGGCCCAAGUUUGAGAGAGAAGUCAAUCCUUCUUGUGAAGCUGAUGCAGUAUGUGGAGAAGAGGUUCUCAGAAGACACAGAACUCAUGGCUCAGUUUCUGGAACUUGUAAAUCAUGUUUAUCGGGAUGAUACUCUCAGAAACACUGAACUUACAGCUAAGCUGGAACCUGCUUUUCUGGCUGGCUUACGCUGUACUCAGCCUCCAAUCAGGGCCAAAUUUUUUCAGGUAUUCCAUGAGAGCAUGAGGUCUCGAUUAAAUGAUCGUCUCCUGUACAUCAUCUGCUCCCAGAACUGGGACCACAUGGGACCACAUUACUGGAUCAAGCAGUGUAUUCAGCUACUUCUAGUAACUGCACAAGCUGGUACCCCAGUACAGAAUAGUUCACAACAUGUAUUGCUUCCUGGAGUCACAGCUGUAAUAAGCUGGGCUGAUGCUGCAGAAAGAGCCAACUUCUCUGUCUUUGCAAGUAUUAAGGAAGAAGCAAAUGACCUUGACACAGCUCUUGAAUCAACUGUGGAUAAGGAGGAUGAGAUUGACAUUGAGCUCUCAUCGGUACCAGCAGAUAGCUCCCAGUCCAUUGAUGGUGGUGUCAAACUCCAAGCAAAUCCUAAGGCAAACUUGCAUCUACUACUCUCCAGACAGGCAAAGUUCAUGGAAGGAGUAAAAGAGGUAUGCAACUCUCAAUUCCUGUCAGCAGUGUCAGAACUGUGCCACAUGGACACUAACUUAGCUGAGUGGGUGUGGCUGCACUUCUUCCCAAGACUUUGGAAAAUUCUCAGUGAGAAACAACAACAGGGUAUAGCAAGUGAGGUGAUUCCAUUCUUGUGCUCAGGCUCUCAUGUUAUUCAGAAGGACUGCCACCCAUCUGCUUUACACACCUUCACAGAAGCUCUUGCUCAAUGCCAACCCCCAGUAAAUAUUCGACCAGCCAUUAUGAAAUACCUUGGCAAGAGCCAUAAUCUUUGGCAUCGUAUGACACUUCUGUUAGAGCAGUUAGCCCUAGAACAGGGAGCCAUUGCUACACCUCGUGCUACCAAAAAGGAUUAUAAUGACUCGUAUGACAUGGAACCUGUAAUAAAUCCACAACAAGAGAUCCUUGAUUCCUUGUCUGAGAUGUAUUCUUUGCUGAAAGAAGAGGAUUUAUGGGCUGGGUUAUGGCAGACAGUAGCUUAUUACCCAGAGACCAGACUGGCUGUUACUUAUGAACAGCAUGGAUUUCUAGAACAAGCUCAGGCAACAUAUGAGCUGUCCAUGUCCAAAGCUAGGGCAGACAUGGCAGUAAGACCUGCUCCAGGGAAGCUACAGUCGGAAAUGAAGUUGUGGGAAGAUAGAUGGAUCAGGUGUGCAAAGGAAUUAAAUCAGUGGGAUUUGGUGCAGGAGUAUGGUAGCAGUGAAGCCUCUGGCAACCCUCUUCUAGUUCUGGAUAGUGCAUGGCGUGUUCCUAACUGGGCCCGCAUGAAAGAAGCUUUGGCACACGUUGAGCAGUCAUAUCCUAAAGAGUUGGCAUGGAAGAUAAACCUGUACCGGGGAUAUUUGGCAAUAUGCCAUCCAGAGGAAGAACAUUUAAAGCUUGUAGAGAAGUUAGUUGAAGCUGCAACUGUAUUGUGUAUUCGGGAAUGGAAGAGGCUCCCACAUAUUGUUUCCCAUAUCCAUCUGCCAUAUUUACAAGCAGCUCAGCAGGUGAUGGAGCUUCAAGAAGCCUGCCAGAUUCAUCAGGGGCUAGUGCAUGGCCGCACAAAUUCGUUACAUGACAUGAAAGCCAUAGUUAAAACAUGGCGUAAUCGUUUGCCUGUCAUUGCUGAUGAUCUGUCUCACUGGUCAGAUAUCUUUACUUGGCGCCAGCAUCACUAUCAGUUCAUUGUUAAUCAUUACACUGAUACAGGAGAAAACCAGAGUAUGCUUGGUGUUCAUGCCUCAGCUCAAGCUAUCAUUCAUUUUGGUAAAAUUGCUCGAAAGCACAAUCUCAGUAAUGUGUGUCUGGAAUCUCUGACUCGGAUACAUACCAUUCCAUCUGUGCCAGUAGUGGAUUGCUUCCAGAAGAUUCGCCAGCAGGUCAAGUGUUACCACCAGAUGGCAACAGCUAUAGGAAUGGGCAAAAAUGAGCUUCAGGGAGGGUUAGAGGUGAUUGAAUCCACUAAUUUGAAAUAUUUCAAUAAGGAUAUGACUGCAGAAUUCUAUGCCCUUAAGGGUAUGUUUCUCUCUCAGUUAGGUCGUAGCGAAGAAGCUAAUAAAGCAUUAAGUGCAGCUGUUCAACUUCAUGACACACUGGUAAAAGCCUGGGCUCUCUGGGGAGACUAUUUGGAGGCUCUUUUUACCCAUGACCCAACAAACCACACCAACUUUGGAGUUUUUGCUAUAACGUGUUAUCUCCAUGCAUCACGACACCAGAAUGAAUCCAAAUCCAGAAAGUAUCUUGCAAAGGUACUGUGGCUGCUGAGUUAUGAUAAUGAAUCAGGAAGCUUGAGUGAUGCUGUAGACAAGUAUUGUGUUGGUGUACCAGCCAUACAAUGGCUCCCAUGGAUACCACAGUUGCUCACUUGUUUAGUACGUCCAGAAGGCAAGGUGAUCAUCAACCUCCUGAACCAAGUGGGACGAAUGUUUCCUCAAGCUGUGUAUUUUCCAAUCAGAACAUUGUAUCUCACUCUUAAAAUUGAACAGCGAGGAAGAAUUAAAAGUGUAGAUCCAGCUGCUGUGGCUUCCCAGAAAACCCAGCAGCAGAAUCAACAGCAACAGCAGUCACAAACACAGCAGUCACAACAACAACCACAGCAAAGUGGUCAGCAACAGGGAACUGAAACAGCUGGCUCGAUAAAAGCAACAGAGCCUAUGUGGCGAUGUUCCCGCAUCAUGCACAUGCAAAAGGAGCUACAUCCUACUGUCCUGGCAUCUCUGGAAGGAAUUGUAGAUCAGAUGGUGUGCUUCCGAGAGUAUUGGGAUGAGGUAGUGCUGCGGCAACUACGCCAAGCUCUUGCAAAAUGCUAUGCUGUAGCAUUUGAAAACUCAGGAGCGGUGUCAGAGGCAAACAUAACACCACAUACACUUUCAUUUGUUAAAAAACUUGUCUCAACAUUUGGCAUUGGCAUUGAAAAUAUCAGCAGUUCUGUAAGUGGUGGAGGACAGUACGCAAGUGCUGCUUCUGAAUCCCUAGCCAGGCGUGCCCAGGCAACAGUUCAGGACCCUGUAUUCCACAAGAUGAAGGGACAGUUCACAACAGAUUUUGAUUUCUCACAGCUAGGAGCUAUGAAGUUACAUAACCUUAUUCACAAGCUCAAGAAAUGGAUCAAGAUUUUGGAAGCAAGAGUAAAGCUGUUGCCUAAAUGGUUCCUAAUAGAAGAAAAGUGUCGGUAUCUCAAAUUUAGUCUACAAACAGCAGAGGUUGAACUGCCUGGAGAGUUCCUCUUGCCUAAGCAUUCCCACUACUACAUCCGUAUUGCACGUUUCAUGCCACGGGUUGAUAUCGUCCAAAAACAUGGAACUGCAGCAAGACGCCUUCACAUACGAGGUCAUAAUGGUAGAGUUUAUCCAUAUCUUGUGGUGAAUGACUACUCCCUAAGUGAUGCACGACGUGAAGAACGUGUUCUGCAGUUGCUGAGAAUGUUAAAUCAUUUCUUUGCAAAACAAAAGGAGACAAGUCGUCGGUUAGUGAACCUGAGUGUGAGCAGAGUUGUUGCAGUGUCCCCACAAAUGAGGCUGGUUGAAGACAAUGUGUCAUCUCUCUCCCUGUUGGAUAUUUAUAAACUAAGAUGUGCUAAGAGACAGCUGGAGCCUGAUACACCUGUCACUAGAUAUUAUGAGAGAUUGGCUGCAGUACAGGCCCGAGGAUCUCAGGCCUCUCAUCAAGUGCUGAGGGACAUUAUGAAGGAAGUACAAAAUGCAAUGGUUCCCAGAACAAUGUUACGGGACUGGGCACUAACAACGUAUCCUAAUCCAACCCAUUAUUGGACCUUCAGGAAGAUAGUAAGUAAAGUAUUUUCACAAAACAGAAUUAAAGUAUUGUAUCAUCUUUGCCAAUAUGUUUACUUUUUCUUUUACCUGAAUACACAAAUAACCCACACAUAGGAGAAUGAAACAAUACACAAAUAACCUGCUUGUAGGAGAGAGAAGCCUACGACGACAUUUUGAAAGCUCCUCUGUCCUAUGUGCGAGUUAUUUGUGUAUUUCAGUCAUGGUAUUUUGCCUUUUUGUUCUUUAUAGGAGAAUGAAACUUAUGACGACAUUUUGUUCUAACUUGGACCAUUAACUAGUCAUGAUAUGGGGGACUGCCUCAAUGGCCAUCUUACUUCUGUUAUUUUGUCAUAGAAUCCCAACUGGUUGGUAAGACAAUAUUUGUCAUAUCUGAACCAGUGCUGAUUAUUAUUUAUGUCUGUGAAACUGGUCUGUAGUUCAGUGCUUACUGCCUGUCACAAUGCUUCAAUAAAGGGACAACAUUCACUGUCUUUCAAAUCUCUGGUAACUCUGAUGUGUCCAUUGAUUUUUUGACGAUCAUAGCUGCUGGCCCAGCAGAAUCCACAGUGACACCUUGUCAAAUCCCAUUGCCUUUGAUGUAUCCAACUUAGUCAAAAGUUUGUUGAACAUUUCACAGACUUGUUCAGCUGAGUUACUUGAUCUUUUACUACCAUCUUUCUUCUGAUGUGGCUGUGCAGCAGUUUGGCUCAGAUUUAGCUUUUGCUGCUACAUUAUUCUUAAAUUGUCACAUAACCUCUUUCUUCACUUUCUCCUCACUCAUUUUCAAUGACUUAAAAGGACAAAAAGAAGAAGGAAAAUUCCAAAUCUAAUAGUAGACAACAAACUGAAAUUCAUAGCUUGGACAUUAAGAGGAGGCAUGGGAUUACUAAAAAAUAUUAUCCAGAGGGCUGAGGAGGAGUUUUUGAGGUGGUUUGGACAUUUAGAGAGGAUAGAGAAAAAUUGGAUGACUUGGAGGGUGUAUAAAUCUGUAGUGGAAGGAAAGCUGGGUAGGGGUUAUCUUAGGAAAGGUUGGUGGGAGGGAGAUAAAGGAGGUUUUGUGUGUGAGGGGCUUGAACAUGCAGCAGAUGUGUGUGAAAGUGUUGUAUAGGAGUGAGUGGAAGCAAAUGAUUCUCAGAACCUGAUAAGCUAUUGGAGUAUGGGCACGGUAACAUUUGUGAAGGGAUUCAGGGAAACUGGUUAGCCAAGCUUGAGUCCUGGAGGUGGGAAGUACAGUGGUAUUAGCAUGCCUCUGGCAGGCAUAAUAGAGUGAGUGGUGGUGAAAGUGUUUUUUUUUUUCGGGUCCCCCUACCUUGGUGGGAGACGGCUGAUGUAUGAAAAAAAAUUUAUCAUAUAUCAGAAAAUCUCUUAAGACAGUAAGAAUAGACUUCAAAAUUUGCUACCAUGUUCAUCAACCUACACUCCUAGCACUUUCUUUUCUCUCAUCCAUCUGUACCUCACAAAUGGAAUCUGCCUGGGGAUCCACUUUGGUUGCACACCUCAGGCCAAUUAUAACUCAACAAAAGACUGCUCUCAGAAAACUCACUAACUCUACCAUUUACGAUUUUCCUUAAGUCUUAAUUAUAAAUAUAUUUUUCUUGGUUAGGUUUUUACCAAAUGCCUUCAUACUUUGUUAACCCUUAAACUGUCCAGACGUAGAUCUACGUUUGCACAUGUAGCGCUCCGACCUUGAUUUUCUCCAUAAGAAAGAAUGUAAAAAAAUACGUAGAUCUACAUUCGGUGCGCUACACGAGUGAACGUAGAUCUACGUUUGGACAGUUUAAUUAGGGUUAUUUGCGGGUUAUUUGUGUAUCGUUCCAGUCACGGUAUUGUGCCUUUUUUGUUAUUUAUUCAUUUUAUGAUGUGUAGAGAGCUCACAUUUAUUUGGUAGAGAUUGAAUAGAAACUAUAGCUUUAAUUAAACAAUGACAAUUUUCUUAAGGCUGAAUUAAUAUUUUACUGUUAGCUUUUUGCUAAAUAAUCAUAAUUAAGGGUGUGCAAAAGUAUCAGUAUUGGUGAGUCUUGGCUAAUAUUAAUGUAAUUAGUAUUGCCUUAAACUGGGUACAUAUUGGUAUUGGGGGAUGUCAACCAAUUUUGACGGCAUCAUUAUCAGUUCUAGUAUCAGUGUGCUUCGACUAAUUUUGCCGGUAUUGGCAUUAUCCUAAAAUUGAGUACAGUAGGGCCCUGCUUUACAGCGUUCUGCUAAUACGGACAUUUCAAAUAAUGACCAAAACUCACUAUACGGCUCCCUCCACCUGUCUUUCUAAUACAGUCACCGCACCCCACCCAGUUUGUUUACAUUCUCCGUGAGCACAUAUACGUAUUAUGUCUGGAAACAUUCCAAAAUUUCAAGUGUUAUAAGGUUAUUUCAUAUUUUAUAUGUACUCUGAUAAUUAUACUUGUGUACCUGUACCUAAAUAUACUUACACACUGUGCUGGCAUGCAGGUACACAUUAAAAUCACCAAGAAUCUCUCUGCUCUUGAAGACGCCAUAUUAAUACUAAUAAUAAUCUCUUGGGCUCAUUAAAUGUCAUAUAUUACAUUAAUAUAGACCUUUCCAUUAAUCCAUCUAUGAUAUUUUUUUUCAAAAUUAUGUAAGUAUGCUAUGUAACAUAUAAACAUGAUACAUACGCCCACAGUAUAAAAAUUGACAUAAAUAUGAGAUUUGUUUACCAAGCGGUUUGUAGGAGAGUCGGAAGAAUUACAUUUUCUCUAGUCAAACACUAGUAAUUUAACUAGAAAUUUAUUGCUUUCGUAUCCCUUCACUCUAUAGCUAUUCACAACCCUUGUGGGUUUAGUGCUUUUUUAUUAUAAUUAUAAUAAUAACUUGUAAUAAUAAUUUGUAAUAAUAAUACAGUGGAACCCGGCUUACGAAUACCCCACCAUGCGAAUCUUUCAGGAUACGAAGUCAAUCGAUCGAUUUUUUGCUUCUGGAUAUGAACAAAAUUUCAGGAUGUGAAGUUCCCCCUCAAGGGAGGUUUCUUGGUGAGGGGCUCUUGAUCAAGGGAAUUGGAUCUGUGCUCCAUUUCCCUAAAUUAAUAAUAAUAAUAAGUCGGCCGUCUCCCACCGAAGGCAGGGUGACCCAAAAAAAAGAAAGAAAAUCCCCAAAAAGAAAAUACUUUCAUCAUCAUUCAACACUUUCACCACACUCACACAUUAUCACUGCUUUUGCAGAGGUGCUCAGAAUACAACAGUUUAGAAGAAUAUACGUAUAAAGAUGCACAACAUAUCCCUCCAAACUGCCAAUAUCCCAAACCCCUCCUUUAACCCUUUGACUGUUUUCGGCGUAUAAAUACGUCUUACGAGCCAAUGUUUCUGACGUAUAUAUACUCAAUAAUUCUAGCGGCUUCAAAUCAAGUGGGAGAAAGCUGGUAGGCCCAUAUGUGAGAGAAUGGGUCUGUGUGGUCAGUGUGCACCACAUAAAAAAAAUCCUGCAACACACAUUGCGUAAUGAGAAAAAAAAAAACUCAUCGUUUUUUUGGAAUAAAACGCCGACUUUGAGGUGUAUUUUCGUAUAGUAUUUAUUGUUGUAUUCGUGUUUUCAUGGUCUUAGGUGAUAAAAUGGAAAACAUACUACAGAAAUAGAGAUGAUUUUCAUUACUUUGACAAUGAAAACGACCUUGAAACUGAGCUCAAAGUAGCGGAAAUGUUCGAUUUUUACCAAUGUUCAGGAGUAAAUAAAUCACACCACACGUCCAAUUCACGUCAACUGGGGAGUCUAAUAUUCUUUCACUAGUGCACUGAAAUUAUUUAUACCAUUUUUACAAUAAUGCAGUAGUCUGCAUAACAGUAAAUUUUGUAUUUUUUUGUAUGAAUAAAAAAUCAAAAUAGAAAGCAAUAAUAAUACAAGAGGGGCCUAGAGAUGUGACUAAUGAACAGAGCAUAUGUUAUUUUAGUGCCACGAAUGUCUACCUUGUUUAUUCUGGACCCUGUUUUGAAAUUGGCAUCUUUUUUAGUUUGCGUGAAAUUGGCCAAAUUGCCAAUUUCUGGCCACCAUAUUGGGUAGUCCAAAUUAGUAAAUGGGAGGUUUCUUGUACUCAGCUGAUAGAUAAAAUGGAGUUCUAAAGAAAUAGCUAUGAGUUUGGUCAACUGGAACAAUGGAAUUGGCUGAAAAUAGGGCUCAAAGUCGGCAAAAUCGCCGAUACGCAUAUGUCACCGAGACCGCUAACUUCGCGGGAGCAUAAUUCCAUGAGUUUUCGACCAAAUUUCGAACUUUUGGUGUCAUUACCAUCGGGAAACGAUUCUCUAUCAUUUCAUAAGAUUUUUUUUUUUUUUUUUUUUUUUUUUUUUUUUUUUUUUUUUUUUUUUUUUUUUUUUUCAAAAUUGAGCGACAUAGAAUGACAGUUUCAGAGAGGGGCCUGAAACAGUCAAAGGGUUAAAGUGCAGGCAUUGUACUUCCCAUUUCCAGGACUCGAGUCCGACUAUAUGAAAAUAACCGGUUUCCCUGAAUCCCUUCACUAAAUAUUACCCUGCUCACACUCCAACAGAUCGUCAGGUCCCAAGUAUCAUUCGUCUCCAUUCACUCCUAUCUAACAUGCUCAUGCACACUUGCUGGAAGUCCAAGCCCCUCGCCCACAAAACCUCCUUUACCCCCUCUUUCCAACCCUUUCGAGGACGACCCCUACCCCUCUUUCCUUCCCCUAUAGAUUUAUAUGCUUUCCAUGUCAUUCUACUUUGAUCCAUUCUCUCUAAAUGACCAAACCACCUCAACAACCCCUCUUCUGCCCUCUGACUAAUGCUUUUAUUAACUUCACACCUUCUCUUAAUUUCCACACUCCGAAUUUUCUGCAUAAUAUUUACACCACACAUUGCCCUUAGACAGGACAUCACUGCCUCCAACCGUCUCCUCGCUGCUGCAUUUACCACCCAAGCUUCACAUCCAUAUAAGAGUGUUGGUACUACUAUACUUUCAUACAUUCCCUUCUUUGCCUCCAUAGAUAACGUUUUUUGACUCCACAUAUACCUCAACGCACCACUCACCUUUUUUCCCUCAUCAAUUCUAUGAUUAACCUCAUCCUUCAUAAAUCCAUCCGCCGACACGUCAACUCCCAAGUAUCUGAAAACAUUCACUUCUUCCAUACUCCUCCUCCCCAAUUUGAUAUCCAAUUUUUCUUUAUCUAAAUCAUUUGAUACCCUCAUCACCUUACUCUUUUCUAUGUUCACUUUCAACUUUCUACCUUUACACACAUUCCCAAACUCAUCCACUAACCUUUGCAAUUUUUCUUUAGAAUCUCCCAUAAGCACAGUAUCAUCAGCAAAAAGUAACUGUGUCAAUUCCCAUUUUGAAUUUGAUUCCUCAUAAUUUAAUCCCACCCCUCUCCCGAACACCCUAGCAUUUACUUUUGAUUGGUGGAAUGAUGAAGUAAAGGGUGUGAUAAAAGAGAAAAAGGUAGCUUACGAGAGGUUUUUACAAAGCAGAAGUGUUAUAAGAAGAGCAGAGUAUAUAGAGAGUAAAAGAAAGGUGAAGAGAGUGGUGAGAGAGUGCAAAAGGAGAGCAGAUGAAAGAAUGGGAGAGGCACUGUCAAGAAAUUUUAAUGAAAAUAAGAAAAAAUUUUGGAGUGAGUUAAACAAGUUAAGAAAGCCUAGG